UCUCGGAUCUCAAAUGUCAUUCGAAAAGUGAAUGCUGGCGCGCGCAGCACGUAGUGAUUCAGUCGUGGAGUUCCAUUCGUUCGCGUUUUCGAGCGGUUCGUCUUGUCAGAAACCAUAGCAAGGAAAAUUCAAGUGUUCACUGCCAGCAAUUUACGGGAAUCCUGGAAAACCCGAGAAAAGUGAAGUUCAGUCGCGUGUACAGUUGUUUGCAAUGUUUUCGUGAAAGUUUCCGCUACUGGGAGUCCGUAGCGAAGUGAAACUUCUCGGGAGAGAGAAUCGCCAAUGACAGAUGGAAGACAGUUGAAAUUUUAUGUGGAAAUCGCUAAGUGGUUUUGUUGUGCUCAUUUAUCGUGCAAAUGGUGGCUAGCGUUGAAGUGAACUAAUUGCUGGUUCGAGUGCUUGAAACGAGGAGCGAGGGGUACACAGGAAGUUCGAGAAAAUGGAUACCUUGCGGAAGUGGCUAAACAAGCCAAAGGCCGAUGAUAAAUCUUUGCUGGCGCGAUUCUACCAUGCAGAUAGAGCUCUCACGGCUGUUGCAAGUGAGUUAGAUAGUUUCGAUGGCAGAGCUGAGCCAGACCGAUGUUCACGUUUAGUUAGUCGAUUACGUCAAGGACAGGACAAAGUUUUGUCUAUUACAAAUCUUAUCAUGGAGGAGCUCCUUGGUGAUGAGCGCGCCAAUCGCGGCUUCCGUGCAAAAUUUCCAGAAGAAGUUUUACAAGAGAAUCUGGCCGGACAACUUUGGUUUGGAGCAGAAUGUUUGGCAGCUGGCUCCUCAAUAAUGAAUCGCGAGGUAGAAAGCUCUGCUAUGCGACCAUUAGCCAAAGCCGUUACGAAAACUUUGGAUAAUGUUCGUAAUUUGCUAAGAGAUCAGUGCCUUCGUAAUAAUAUUCCGAACAGUCAAACGUUGCGAUUGGAUAUAAAUGAUGCGGCCACUGAACAAUUGUAUGAAUGUUUGAAGAUUUUCGAUCGGCUUUUUGCCGAAUUCGAACUGCGUUAUGUCAGUGCUAUGGUUCAAGUGAAGUCGAAACAAGAAUAUGAAAUGCAAGAACUUAUCAGCGUAUUGUUUUCUGAAACUUUGCAAAGAAGUUUGAAAAUAGGGCUAUUGGAUCAGGAACAGGUAGACUCUUUCGACCCAGCUCUUAUGUUUUCAAUUCCACGACUAGCGAUAGUAACAGGACUUGUGAUUUACCCGCAUGGGCCAUUGAACAUGGACAUGCCAGCCGAUCAAUUGUCUGAAAUGUUCCGACCCUUCAGAACGAUUUUGAUUAAUAUCAGAGAUCUUUUAGGAACUUUAACAAAGGAAGAACUUUUCCAGCUAGAGAAACUUUUAUGCACAAACGAAGAUAUGCAUUUAAAGAAAACGGUAAAUAGCAACAAUAAUAAUAGUAAUAAAGCAAGCUGUGAUGAAGUCGACGAUAAGAAGUCGAAUAGUGAUCAUGAUUUAGUUAAUAGUAGCAAAUUAAUUGUCGAUAAUAAUAGUAAUCGUAAUCGGGCAUCUGUUCCGUAUUCUGCAAUGGUCGAUUGUAUGACUUCAUCGACUUCGACUUCGGCGUCAGAUUCUUCAGUAGAAUGGACAGAUGAUGACAGCAACAAGGAUUCAAAAGAAUCCUUAAUGACCGCUGACUGUGCCUCGGGCUUUCUGAUACCUAACACAACUUUGGGAAACCUUCUACAGCCCAUUGAAGGUCCACUGACUGAUAAUUUUAUAGCUAGUGACGAAGAAUAUAUCGAUGCAAAAUUAUCUGAAGGUCAACCUUCAGAUAAUAACAAUAUCAAUUUAGAUUCUGGAAUUAGUACCGAACUCAACCGUUCCUUAGAUUCUGCCGAAAACAUACAAGAGAUCAAUAAAAAUGACGACCGUUCAACAACAACGACGACAAUAGCACCAUCGAAGGAAUAUUCACCAACUAAUGCAAGAAUAAACCAGGACGUCCCUAGUUGUAGUAAAAUGGACACAUCAUCUGAUUCUUCUGAAGAAAGUGAGUUGCAGACAAUAAGCAAUACAUCGAAGCAAACUCAAGGUGAAACAAUGCAUCACUCUCAUCACCAUCACCACCACCACCAUUCUACAAGAUCGGACAAAACGAGGAGAUCGACUAAAGGAUCUUCUUCUCAUCAACACAGACAUCAUCGACAUCAUUCCAAGAAGCGGUCAAGGAAGCACAGUUUGGACACCUCGAGCGGAGAUACAUCAUCUUCGUGUUCUGAUGGUGAUCCCAGAGAAGUAAAGUUAGCUCUGAGGGCAGCCGGAAGAAUGAAAUUCAAAAGUACUGACGUUUUGCUACAUCGCCUAUUCGUAUGUAUAGCGGGAGUAGCUGACCAAUUGCAAACAAAUUUCGCAGCGGAUUUAAGACAAAUCUUACGUAGCGUCUUCCUAAUAAACACGACGCCAGCUCAACAAGAAAUUGAUAUUCCAACGAAAAGGAAAGAUUCCGAUUUAUUCGAAUUUCGAGCUAGUGAACAAGAUGUCAUUCAAGAAAGUGCUGGAUCGAAUCAAAGUAUUUAUUCGGCUGAAGAAGUAAAUCCAGAACUGGAUAAUGUGUUCUCAGAUCGAGCAACGCCGCUUCCACAUGAGCGCGGUGGAAGCCUUGAAAGUGAUGUGAGGAAUAGAAAUCGUUCAAAUAUCUCACGAAGCCGAAGCUUAGGUGAAGAUAGUUCCGAAUGUAUGUCAACGAGUCAAGUUCGUCCAAAUUCACUGCGUGAGCGAAGUGCAUCUCGUGACAGUGAGUCCGGUAGCAACACUCCAGGAAAUUCAUCGUCUGCAAGCAAUUCUCCAGUAGGAGGGCGGCUGACAAGAUCGCUUGGAAGUUCAGUACCAACUUACAGUCAAACACCGCUCCAGACUGAAAGACGUAGAGCUCAGCCUUCACCAUCACCACCGCUCAGACAAUCCCCACCUGCUUGGAUACCUGAUGAAGAUGCUCCCCGUUGUAUGGCUUGCACUACUCCAUUCACUGCAUUCCGGCGACGUCAUCAUUGUCGCAAUUGUGGUGGUGUAUUCUGUGGAGGCUGUUCUAAUUCAUCGGCGCCUCUUCCUAAAUACGGUCUAAAUAAAGCUGUCCGUGUUUGCCGGGACUGUUAUAUUCGUGAAGUUGGAAGAUGAGAGAUCUUGAUCGAUAGAUUUUCUAUAAAGUUUAAUUACUUCAAACUUUUCUGUUCAAAAUGAUAAAAAGCAUUUUCAAUAGUUUGUCAUUAUAUCUAUGUAAAUAUGUUAAAGAGAUGUUUCGUUAUACUUCACUUUUGGAAAUAAUUUAUCUGAAGGGUGGCCGGUGGUGUUCAGAAAAACGUACUGCUCCCAUAUUACCACGAAAAGUGAGUGAAUUUGCAGCUUGUACUUAAGUAAGAAUCAGAUGCAAUCAAUGCUUGGCAUUCCUUCAAUAGCGACAACAUUUGCUGGUGACGUUCAAUGUUUUGAAUAUAUUUAAUUAAACGAAAAGAAAAUAAGUUUGUUAUUUGACAUUUUUGGCAUAUUCAUGUUUUGUUAGAUUUUUAGACAUAGUAAGGCAAUUUCAACACUUCAACAACAGUCAACGGUAUAGACACAGUUUCUUACUGGCGAAUGGCUCUCAGAUAAUAUAUUUCCACUGUAGGUUAAUUCUUGACCAUUUUCUUUCAAAGUUUUAAUCGUUUUUUCUAGAUAGAGUUGUUUUAUAUUAUAAUUAUCAUCUAUAUUGUAGUUGAAACAAAAAAAGAAAUAUUUUUAUACUUUUAUUUUAUGGGAACAAAAAUUUUAAUAAUUUGCUAGCUUCUUGACGAUUUUCCAAUUCUAAACAACUUGAAUUCUCUGAAAAACUUAUCUAACGGUUAUUUUAUUUCCUGAGUUGUAACUUGUAAAGUCCGGAGAGUAUGAGUGGAUAUUCAAAAUUAUGUUUCCGACUGUAAGCUUUAAUGAUGUAUUUUGAAAUGGAAAGAAAAGAAGUUGAAUAUAAGCAUAAAUGAAACUUCAUAGUUUAAUCUUGACUGCUUUUAACGCUAUUUGUUAAACGGACUUUUGUGAUUUUCCAUUGUAUGAUUUAAAUUGUAUUGUAAUAAUAUAUGACAUCGUUAUCGAUAACAUUA